AUGAUCCGUCUACUGCUUCUGUCGCUUAUCGUGGGGACUGCAGUCGCGGUGCCGACUGCGAAGAUGUGUGCAAAGUUCGCGAAGUUUGUGGAGCCGUGGAACCCGUUGCCAGAGACCUUGCUUUCGUGGUCAAAGUCGAAGAAAAACUGUGAUAAAAUUCAGCCGCGGCCGCGUGAGAUGACAUGCGAGGACAUCCAACGAUUCAUCGCCGACUGUAAUUAUGGCGAAGGAGGACCUGCAGCCGACAAGGGAGAAGUGCUACCAACGACGAAUCGUGAUCUCGUACAAAACUACUACCAGAGUACCUACAGUAAUUACCCAAGAGUACUUGGCAAAUACAUUUACUACAAUGCAGCUACAGCUUCCGAUUAUGGACAGUUUGGAAACUGGUACUACCCCAACUAUUACCCUCCGACAUACCUCGGUUAUUAUGAUGGUCGAGAAGGAAGCAUAGCUCAGUUGGAGAACGACUACAAAUUUGCGAAGGGAGGGCAUUAUCCCUAUAACAGGUAA